AUGCUAUCACUAAAGGCUUCGAGAGCUGAUAACUUCUACUAUGGAAGUGUUGAAGAUGAAGAUUUGAAGAAAAAAAAAGAAAAAGAGUUUAAGAAAAUAAACAAAAAAGAUUAUAACACUAUAAAAUUUGAAAUACCAUAUACUAUAAUAUGUAAAAAUUGUAAUAUAUAUAUUUAUAAAGGAGAAAGAUUUAACAGUGAAAGAAGAAAGGCAGGUUAUUACUUAAGUACGUCUUUUUAUUCCUUUUCUAUUUUUUGUAAAAAAUGUCAAAAUAAAAUUGUUAUAGAGACAAAUCCACAAAAAUGUUCUUAUGAUAUUAUUGAAGGCGGAAGAAAAAAAAAUGAGGAGUAUGAAAAUAUUUUAACAGAAGGCGGUAUAAACAAUAUUAACUAUGUAGAUUUCGAACAAAAUAAAAAGAAAAAAACAAACCCGUUUAUGAUAUUGGAAAUAAAUGCUCUUAAUAAAAAAAAACAAAACGAAUCGGAAGAAUAUUUUGAAAAUGGUGAAAAUAAUGAAGUAUUACCUAAAGGAAAUAAACCUAUUGAAAAGCCAAUUAAUGAUACUCAAUUAGAUGAAGACAUAAAUAAUGUUAUAAAAGAAACUUAUAAAAGAAAUGUUAUGCUUAAAAAUGAUUUUAACUGUAAUCAGACUCUAAGAAAACAACUUAGAGACAUUAAAAAUGAAAAAAUACAAAAACGAAAAGAAAAUAUUGAGAAAAAUAUUUUUAUAAAUAUUUUAAAGGAUCCAUGUGAAGAUUUAAAAAUUAAAAAGUUUCUUCAUAUGAAAGAAAAGUAUAAGAAAACGAUAAACGAAAAAACGAAAUUAGCAAAAAAUAAUUUAAUAAAAAAAAAAAGUAGUAUAUUUGAUAAAAAAUAUUUGAAGAAAUGUAAGUAA